UGACACCCGCCAUUUUGUUUUAUGUCGUUACGUCUUUGGUGCUCAUUUCACCCAAACUUACACGAUUUUUACGUGCAGACGAGAAGUCGUGCAGACCGCUAAUCACCAUAAACCUACAGACAUGACGGAUUUUACAUGUGUGCGUAAGGUUGAAGAGCUUCACGCGGAACGAACUGCGAACGAGACGCACAUCAAAGAGGAGCCGACAGGAGACACUAGGUGGCAACAGGAUGGACAAGAGAACGUGCUGUGCCAGGAAACGUACAGUGAGGACCAGGAAACCUACGACUACCAGCCAACCGGACAUCCAUGGAACGAGACUUACAACAGUUGGGAGCAGACAACAGACACGGGACGGCAGCAGGAGGAGGAAAGGGACAAAACGCGCGGUGUAAGAGCAGAAACGGAAGAACCCAGUUGUGAGGUUUCUACUGCAAACUUGUGUGCUGGAAAUUCUAGACACCCUGGGAAUGAGAUGUACGAUACCAGACACCCCGGAAAGGAGAGUGACAGCAGGGAGACCCAGACAACAGACAUGGGCCUGCAGCAGGAAACAUGUGAUGUGAACUUUCCCCAACCAGACAACACAUCAACCUCACAGGUACAGGAGAGAGGCAAGAUAGGAAGGCAUGUUGUUAAACACACCGGUGAGAAACCCUACAUGUGUGGGGAGUGUGGGUACAGAACGGCUGAAAGGUCUAACUUAUCCGUACACAUGAGAACCCAUACGGGAGAGAAACCCUACACGUGUGACCAGUGCGACUAUUCUGCAGCACACAAAUCCCACUUGAACCGACACCUAAGAAAGCACACCGGUGAGAAACCCUACAUGUGUGGGGAGUGCGGGUUCAGGACAGCUCAAAGGUGUACAUUAUCCCUACAUAUGAAAUCCAUACAGGAGAGAACACAGAAAUCCACCUUAGACCGACAUCUAGCAAAACACACUAGGGAGUGUGGGCACAGGUUGGCUCGAAAAUCCAAAUUAUUCCCACAUAUGAGAACGCGUACCGGUGAGAAACCCUACAAGUGUGGGGAAUGUGGGUACGGGACAACUUACUACGACGAACAGCAGGUGGUAGUGAUGGAGGAAAGUAGUCAGGCAGUCGAUCCGGACGGAUUCUACUCAACAACAUCAGGUACAUAUGAGGAAGCGCAACCGGUAGUGGCGAGAAAUGCCCCCUCUGCACAUAGAGUCAGGACAGAAACAUCGGCCGCUUCAGAAGACGUCUACUCAAGACCAUCAGGUGUUUAUGAAGAAGCACAGCUUGUGAAACCAAGUAACGUUCCCACCAGCAAAACAGUCACGCUAAGAGCAGAAACAGCGGCUACUCCAGAAGACGUCUACUCAACGCCAUCGGGUGUUUAUGAAGAAGCCAACCCGGUUCAGGCAGGUAACGUUCUUACCGGCCAAACAAUCACUCUAACAGAAACAUGGACUGCUCAAGAUAACGUCUACUCAACGCCAUCAGGUAUUUAUGAAGAAGGGGAACCCGUGCAGCAAAUUAACGUGCUCUCUGGAGGGACAGUUAAAACAGAAACAGCGGCCACUCCAGAAGACGUCUACUCAACUCCAUCGGGUACGUACGAAGAGCCGGAAGUGAUAGUGAUGCGUGAUGUUGCCCCCGGCCAAGGCGGCAGAGAAGGAACUUUCGUGACUGGGCAAAACCGAGGCAAAGAGCAAGCAGCUGAUCGCACUGGUUCCUCAGCUGGUAAGUAA